AUGAGAUACAAGACUGUCACGGCAAGACAUGUUGUAGAAAGUGCGCUUCUUUUACUUAACCACCCAUUUGCCAUAAAGGAGCAGAGAGCAUGCGUGAGUGCAAACGGUUCGGACGUGUAUUUUGAAGCGGAGCGCUCCCUUCCUAAAUGUGCCUGGAACUGUGAGAAAUGAAGGUAGAAUUUUACAUGAUAUUAUAAUCAACCUAGUGUAAAUGACGAAAAGUGGUAAAAACAAACAAACGAGGAGCCAGAGGAUCUGUUGAAGAAGACGAAACGAACGACGCGAAACGUCCAAACAUGGCGGACUCCAGCAACGCAACGGCUUCUCCUUCUUCUCCUUCCCACGACAGCCCUGAACCUGAGACGAGUCUAACUGAACUAAAAGGGAUGCUAUCCAAUAUUCAAGAAACCUUAUGGACGAUGAAACAGGAGAAUCUUAGCCUAAGAGAGGAAGUAAUGCAUUUAAAAACAACUCUCAAAGACGAAAUGCUAAAGUGGAAGAAGCUGGACUCCACGUUGGAACAAACUUCAAAAGAGAAUGCAGAGCUAAAAAAGGAGCUCCAAUUUACCAAGCAGAAAUUGCAAACAGUCACCGAGGAAAAAGAUAGAAUUGACUUUGACUUGGAAGAGUUGGAGCAAUAUACGCGUAAAAACUCUCUAGAAAUCCGCGGCAUCCCUCAAGAAGCUUAUACCACAACCGAGGAUGUUAUUUUAAAGAUAGGAGAGGUAUUGGAUGUGCCGAUCUCUCCGGGUGACAUCAAAAUUUCUCACCAGCUCAAAUAACAAAACAAACCAAUUAUUGUCAAAUUCCUGAGCCACAAGGUUUAAUCCAGUCUUUAUAAUCCAGUCUUUUGUUUCCCACGUCAAAUUAUGCUACUUCACUAGGACAAGGAAAUCGUAUCUUCUUAAACGAAAACCUCACAGCCUACCGACGUAGUGUUGUCAAAAAAGCAAAUGGUAUGAGGAAAAAUGGACUGCUCGUUAGUGUGUGGACAAUCGAUGGUAAGAUUUUUGUUAAGACUUCACCUUCAGGAUCAUCAGUAAGAAUCCACUGCUGGUACAGGGGAAGGGCAUCGAAAGAAAUCUAGCAUGCAAGAGGUUGCUUCCAAUGUAACGUUGCUUUCUGUUUCUGUUAUAAGUACUUUAUGUCCCCGAUCUUGUUUCCUGUUUAUUUAUGUAUAUGCUUUUGUAGUUAUUGUCCUAAUCAUCGGCCAGUUAAUUAACAGAUCCUCUCUUGGUUAUUUUUUUUCCCCAUACCCCUGAUCCUACAGUAACGGUAUAAGUAAACACAGUAUGUUGUAUCCAUCUUACUGGAAUAAUCUGUUAAUUAGCAGGUCUAACGUUAUUGUGCGUAUUACUACAACUUACUGUUGUAUUAUUCUUUCUCAUUUUUAUGUAGUUUUGAUCCAAUCUGUGUAAUAUCGUUAUAUACUUUUUUUUAGUUUUAAAUUUUGCAACUGUAAUAUGUGUUUUGUCAAUAAACGUAAAAUUACAUUAAAAAAAAAAAUAUCAAGGAGCAGCCAACCUUACAACCAACCAGUAAUAAAUUCAAAGUCGCUGCAAUCCAUGGCAAGAACGGGAGAGUACAGUGUACAGUUAACACAAAUUUUGUAUCUUGCAACUGUCCCAGCUACAAAUUUGAUAACAUUUGUAAGCAUUCCAUUGCAGUCCCUCAGUUGAAAGAGUGCCUUGAAGAACACUUGAACUUUGUCAUGCAGAAAUCCAAAGUUCCCAAAGAGUGCAGGGAAAAAGGGACGCAGAAAUAUAAACAAAUAUUGUCCCUCAAAGCAACAGAGCACAGCAGCUGAAGUUCCUCAAAGCAACACUAAUGAUGUUUAUACAGAGUUGCAUCACAAUAAUAAUCCGUUUGUCAUUUGCCUUCUUCCUGCAGAGGCAAAGCAAUGCAAAACCUGCGAAGUGGACUUCUGUCACCAGCAUUUACAGACAUUUGCCUCAAUUCACUUGUCUACUUGCCUUGUUUAUGUUAGCAUGUAUUGUGUGCCUUACGUGUUUUACUUUUUGCAUGGAUUAAAGCAAAGGAGUAGUGAUGCCACUAGAUGGCAUUAACAGCCGGUCAAUUCAGAUGUACUGAGGGAGUAAAAAGUAAUCAUCUGAAAUUCAGGCUAGNAAGAACACUUGAACUUUGUCAUGCAGAAAUCCAAAGUUCCCAAAGAGUGCAGGGAAAAAGGGACGCAGAAAUAUAAACAAAUAUUGUCCCUCAAAGCAACAGAGCACAGCAGCUGAAGUUCCUCAAAGCAACACUAAUGAUGUUUAUACAGAGUUGCAUCACAAUAAUAAUCCGUUUGUCAUUUGCCUUCUUCCUGCAGAGGCAAAGCAAUGCAAAACCUGCGAAGUGGACUUCUGUCACCAG